AUGGUGAUCAAUGUGGUGAAUGCUUCUUGCAAGCGUAAAGACAUGCUUCGACAAAGUUACAAAGAUAGAGUGCAAGAAACAAUUGAGGUCACAUACUUGUUAUCACAGGCUCUUCAAAAAAAGGAUCAAGAUAUUUUAGAAGCGCUUUCAUUGAUAAGAGGAACCAAACAACUAUUGCAACAAUCUAGAGAAACUGGUUUUGAUCCACUUUUGAAGAAAAUGUAUUCUUUUUGUGAAGCAAAUGGUAUUAAAGCUUUGGAUAUAGAAGACCGUUAUUCAAAAAACGGAAGACUAAGGACCAACAUCACCAAUCGUCAUUAUUACAAGUUUGAUAUUUUCAACACUGUUGUGGACAUGCAAAUUCAAGAGUUUGGGGAUCGAUUUAGUGAGUUCAAUGUAUUAGAUUUAUUGAAGUUGAGUGAGUUGUAUCAUCAAUAUUUUAGUCAUAUGGAAAAGAUCGCUCUUGAGAAACAACUUAACAUGUACUAUUUGAUUGUUCGUCAAGAUGAAAGAUUUGCCGAUUUGAGUGGUAUUGCCGAGCUCGCUAGAUUGCUAGUGGAAACAAAAAAAAAACAUAAAACUUAUCCUCUAGUAAAUCGGUUAUUGAAGUUAGCUUUAGUUUUGUCAGUUACUACCGCAACAGUCGAAAGAUGUUUUUCUGCUAUGAAGAUUGUGAAGUCAGAUUUGCGCAACAAAAUUGGUGAUGAAUUUUUGAAUGUUGCAAUGAUAUGUACUAUAGAAAAAGAAGCACUUCUCACGGUUUCAAAUGAUGAUGUUACUCAAUUCCAAAAGAUGAAGAGUCGUAGGGCACAAUUGUAA